CCUCCUCCUAAUAUUGCCAAUGGGAUGCACAAUGGCAGCAACGUGGAAAUCUUUGACUAUAACUCAUCGGUAACUUACAAAUGUGACCAUAAUUUCUCACUUAGUGGAGAGGCCUCCAUUCACUGUACAACUAAAGAUAACAUGAAUAGAGUCUGGAAUGGGUCUGCCCCUGAAUGCGAAGAUCAGUGUCGGACCAAUCGAAGGCUCCGUCGUCCCGUCCCCCGUGAUACUAAUGGCAGAGAAGUGACAUACAGGUGCAGUGAUGGCUCUGUUAAAAACCCUGGGCCUGGCAUUGAUACACACUUUGGCAUUCCCGGCAUCGCCAUUGUCAUUGUGGGCAUCGCCAUUGUCAUUGCCGGCAUCGCCAUCGGAACAUUUGCAGCUUUGAAUAAAAAAUGGCAAAAGAAAAAAGGUUCUUACGGUGUAAAUCUGGAUUCCCGAAAGCAUCACAUUACAACAGAACAUGAUUUGGAGAUGUGAAACAAAAUCUAAUUUGAUCUCGAAAGUAUAAAUGACUGCUGCUGGCUGAUGGCUCUGGUUUACACAUUAACAGACAUUGGAAGAAAAUCAUGGAAAAGUUAGGAGAGAAAUGUCCUAUAUUUGUACUGAAAUUUCUGUAGUGAAAAUAGACCCCUCUCAGGUAACUGCUGUUACUUUCGCUACAACUUCUUUCCUCUGUUGAGCUGCAUUUGAGUGAAGGAGAAAGACCGGAGGUGGAUCAUUGCUCUUGCCCUUGAAAAUGGCUUCUGAAGCAAGCAAAGCAGUUGGCAGCAUCAAAAUUACUUGCUCUUCUGAACAUGCAGCUGGUUCCUUAUUCAGCCUCUCCAUAGUGCUAAACGUUUCCCCUUAAAGAACGUAGUCACCAUCAGAGCGGGGCAAGGUUUGGAUUGUGAGUUGUGGCUGUAACUGCAGACAGCAAGAGAGCCUCUUCAGAUCCCUACUUACAAGCUCCCAUCAUGGAGUGCGUAUUACUCUUUAAACACAAAUGUAAAGAUGCCAGACGCUAGGUGGAAUGUCGUAGAUUCUUCAUAAAAACAUCCAUCCUGGGUCAGACCAAUGGUCUAUCUAGCCAGGUGCUUCAAAGGGAACGAGCAGAUCAGGGCAGUUAUCGAGUGAUCCAUCAUCCCCUGUCAGCCAGUCCCAGCUUCUGGCAAUCCGAGACUAGGGACACUCAGAGCAUGGGGUUGUAUCCCUGACCAUCUUGGCUAUCACAUUUGUUUCUUUGCAAUCCACUAGCACUUUCUUAUAAGAAGUAAACAGUAAGUUCAAAAGUGUCCUCCGGAGAAGUUCUCCAGUGGUUUAGUGCCUACAUUAUUUUUAUAUGUAUGUUGUCAAAAACUGUCUUUGUAGAUCUUAAAAUAAGCUUUUUUUUAAUGUUCAGGAAAUGUCUCUCACUGCUGCUGAGAAGGGGUGUUUAUAAUCAAACACUUUGUCAUCUGUUUUAUAAGAUUUAAAGAUUUAAGAAGUUAUUUACACCUUUUUUGUGACCGCAAGCUGCUUUGAGUUUUAUUUAGCAAUAAGAAAUCUUUUCCAUAAAUGAAGAAACUAUAAUUGAAGAUGUGUGUUAUUUACUAUGUGUUAUUUGGAAUAGGCCUUUUUCUUAAAUAAAAGGGAUACUGAAUAAAGA